AUGACAGCUGGAGGCAGCCAGCGCAGGGGCGUAUGGGAACCCCUUCCCCUCGUCGUGUAUGGUUACGCCAUCCACCCUCUCACCCCGUCUUCAAAGAGAGACACGAGAAUAUCCCAUCGCGCCCAAAGACUCUCGGUCGUGACUGAAGCCUCCGCAGACGACCACUUGGCUCACAGAGACAUCGUUUCCCUCGAAGUCGGCGAUGAAGUCUAUGCAUUUGAGAAAUACACACCGAAGGGCAAGGAGGUGGAGGGCGAGUGGUACAGAGGGUACGUUGUCUGUACUUCAAGACGUCCUCCAGUAGCCUGGUUGGCCUCUUCGGACCCCUCGUCUGUCAUCAAAGCAUCUCCGAAGGCUGAGGAACAGCAGGUCUUCAUCGGCAUCUUUCCCGCCUCCCACAUUUACGUCCGCGAUCAACUCGCAGAUGCCGAGGGUCGUUUGCCGGACCUGGCCGCUUCCUGGCUCACUGCGAAUGCGGCUCGUGAUGCUGCUUCGAGCGUUCGGAAUAGCACUGCGGACGCCAGUAUAAACUGGAAUAAGGACAAACUCAACGGAGGCGGAGGAAAUGACACCGCCGCCGAUGAUGAAAGCACAAUGGUCUCGGUCAAGAAGUCGUCCUUCAAGCUGGCCCCGCCUCCAGAACAAGCUAAUUCAUCUCGUGGCGGUCUUGCGGUAUAUGCUACCAGUUUGAGGUCGUCUUCCCCAGCCGAGUCCCAAGUUGAAAAACCGCUCCCUCCACGCCCUUCGCUCAAGUCCGGAGACGAUACUGCUGCAGGUGCCGAGCAACCGAUAAUAGAUGAAAUAGCGUCUGCGUUGCGAGAAUGGCAUUCUCUGAUGUUUCAAUAUCUGGCCCGUCGAGACUACAAGUUAUUCCAUGUCGUCCGACAACACAUUGAAGCUCUGCAUCUGGGUCGCCGACAGCUCCUUGCACAAACCCUCAGUGCUGAAGAGACGGUGAACAUGCGUCGUGAAUGCGUGACAAGGUUGGUUAGCGGAAACGUUGUGCAAGGGCUAGACGUCAUUGUCCGACAUCCCACCUGGGGAGGCCUGGUCACAGUUGAUGUCGAAGGCGAAAUUGACCCACGGAGUUGGGUCAGCGCAGUGCGCAUGUAUGCCAUGCAGACAUCUCUGGCGUACAUGAACGUUUCAAAUGGGAGGGGCAUGCGGGCAACCCUCACAGGUGGAUCUAUCGACUCAACCUAUGGAUUCCCUACACCCACACCGGCCCAUUCAGCAUUUUCGGAUCUUCCUCGUCAUAAAGCAAGAACAAGAUCGCUAGGUUGCCUUGACCCAACACCGCCCUGUAUAACACCCUCAUCCAAAUUCUACCACAUCUAUCUCGACCUCCGUGCUUUCGUUGCAUCACCCUGUUCUCCGGGCGAAACCGCCGAACUUUACUUCUCACUAUUUAACAGGGCGGAAUCACAGUUUGUCACCGAAGACUUUUGUGUGGUGCUCAAUCAUAAUGGUGUGCUUGCGAGGAAUCCGUCGGCGCGAAUACGGACGCUCUUCACAGAUCUCGCUCUGUCCGACAUCCAAGACCCUGUGUAUCUGGUGUGUCGCAUCGUGCGUAACGGCGCUCUCAAAAUUGGGCAUAGUAUGAGUUCCGGCCUACCCUCCGAUGGAGGACGAAGGGCUUCAGAAUUGACUAUGAGGCCGGAGUCAGGCUCCGGGCUGGAUUUUACGCAGAACCCAAGCCCGACGAGCGAAUUUGGAAGUCCAGUGCAGUUUCGAAGACCGUUUGGUUGCGCCGUCCUCGAACUUACUCAGCUCGGUAGCAUGUUAACAGAUGACCUUCAUAUAACGCCAACAAGAGAAUACAACAUGCCGAUUUUCAUACCGACCAACGAGACCACAUUUUCGAUGCUGCAUGAAGAUAUUAUGAAGGGAAAUACUAAGGAAUAUGAAAAGUCUCCGAGAGCAGAGAUGUUGGCGAUUUCGGCCAAGAUUUUCCGUGGAGAUGCAGCGACCAUCAUCAAAGAAAACUCCUCAUUACUGCAAGACACCCCACAUACACUUCGGCUUGGCUUUCCAGACGUAGUCUUCCCGGGCGACACGCGAAACGAACUAUAUAUAAAGUUCUGGAGUGGUGAAUUCUCUCCUGGACAUUCUGGCUCAGGGAGACUUGGGUUUGCCCGCGCACCAAUGGGGCCCGUGCCUAAUAAUGUUCAGGUCUCGGUUGAAGUCAAGGAUCAAGACGGCCGAACUGUUGAAGGGGUCAUCCAUUUGGGUAGUGGGGAGCCACCCGUUACAACCUGGAACUCCAUCGUGUUCCAGCGGUGCAAUCAACCGACGUUCGGCGAAUUGAUCAAAGUUCAGCUUCCACCUCAAGGCAUGCCGCAGUGGUACCUCUUCUUUACAUUCCGCAAUCGUACGGCCAAGACUAGUAAUCGACCAGCAACUGCGGAUAACUCAGACAAGCCCUUUGCUUUCGCGGUUCAACCUUUGUUUCCGGAUAAGCGUGCUUUCGUUGAGGAUGGAAGCCAUACUCUUCUCUUGUAUCGGGGCGACAAGCUCAGCCAGUUAACUCCAGAAAUGUACCUUGCCUACUCGUCGAAAGGCGACCAAGCGACGAUGUACCCUGACAUGCAGAGACUCGCCCCACCUCUUCGUGACACCCUCACGAUCCGCACAUCACUCUGUUCCACAAGAUUUACACAAAACUCGGUUCUCCUCAGUUUGCUGAGCUGGGAAAAGAUCGCGGACAAGGACCUUCUUUCCGCAGUGCUCACGAGAUUUACUUUCGUGGGCGAGGUGGAGAUCGUGAAAUUUCUACGCGACAUAUUUGAUUCCCUCUUUGGCAUCCUCAUCUCGGCCGUUAACCAGACGGGCCAAUUCGACAAUCUCGUCUUCGAGGCACUUGUCACUGUUCUGGGCAUUGUUCAGGAUCGUCGGUUCAGUAACUUUCAACCCGUGCUAGAUGUUUAUAUCGAGAAGCACUUCAACUGCGCUGCAGCUUCCUCCCACAUGAUCCACUCGAUGAAUCAGCUCCUUGGGGAUCCGACUGGUACCCAACAUGCAUCCCACCUACGUGCCGCGCUCAAGGUUUGGCACUAUAUCUUCAAAUUCAUUGCUCGGUCUCGUGAAUUGCAGAAAGCAAAGGAAGUUGGUAUGGGAGGAGGAGCAACAGCAGAACAUUUGGAAACAACAUUCAAGCGCGAGCUUCGCAAUCACCUGGCGGAGGUCAAUAGAAUGAUGUCCAUCACCGUUCCGCCGUCUAUCAUUGGCACGCAGACGAUCGCCCUGCAGCAUUUCACAUCCAUUCUCCCCGAGCUUGCGAAGAUAUUCUCAAACGUAGAACUCGUGACAAUCGCCACAACCUUUGCCAACGCUAUAACAUCGAACAAGGGCAGAAUCGUUAUUUGGAAACUGAUAAUGUACCUUCAGAUCGUCAAGGGCUUUUUGUUCGACAAUCACCAGUCCCGGCCACUGCUCGUUGAGGCUGUGGUUAUCUGGAUCAAGCCUCACUUCGGACGCUACGAUGACUAUGGAUAUCAAUCUGGUGAUAUAGACAGUGCCCCUGAUGCAGCGAGAGUCAACUGGCUUGAGAACAUUCGCCUUUGCGUCACAAUCGUUGCUGUCAUGCUGGAUAAACUGCAACAAAACCUCGUCUCCCCUUCUACAAUCUCGGACCGACAUCUACUGCGUCAAGAGCAGGACAACAUUGAGUGCCUUUUACCUUUGCUCCCACGGUUACUUGAGUCGUAUCGGGAAUUCCAGAGUCCAAGUUCCAGAAAGGCUAUUGAACGGCACAAGGGUUCGAGCACUGCCAAGACCCAUGUUCCUGUGACGUUCCCAGAGUCAUAUCCGUUUUCAAUGGUCUCUUACCUCCCAGAAGGAUCCAAAGGGACUUCCCUUUCGGCUGAUGAUGAUUUAACAUUCUAUCCCGGCGUAGGAGAAGCUGCAGUCGUGCUCCUGGUCUUGAUACUUUCAUCCCCUCGAAAGCAUAUUCAGGACUUCUUGGAGUCAUGCCUAGACAUAGAAGGCAGGGAACGGUUCAUUGCCUUUCUGUCGCAGUUUUUCAAGGUCUCGACAUCGAUAUUGGAGAAUGACGCUUUCCCCAAGACGUGGCUCAAUAUCAAUAUUUUGGCUCACAAAGUACUGAUAAAGAUGAUGGACCCCGUUGCUGCGAUUCUGGAAAAGGAAUUUCUCCCUUCGCCCGCUUCUUCAGAUGUACAAUUCAAUCCGACUCUCUGGCGGGACGCUUUUCACAUGUUGUUAAAGCUUCUAUCCUCCGAGCAACUCGUUAUUGAAGAAUUCAGCCCACAGAAACAACGUGCUGUUUGGCGUCUGGCAGGAAAUAUACGAGGAGAGGGUGCUACCAUAAUGCUCAAGUUAUGGAACGCCCUUGCGCUGAGUGCAAAUACCGCGGAGCCCGACGAUUCGAUCGCCCGUUGUGGGGGCUACCAAAUAUAUUUGAAUCCUCUGGUUGGCCAUGUCGUGCACUUGUGUCUCAGCCAUCACGACAGACUCAGAAACAAUGCCGUUCAGAUCUUGUACAGCAUGAUUGUCGCCGAGUACCAACAGGCCCGUCAUUUCGAUGAGAUCGAGAACGAACUAGUCAAUCGUCUGGACUCCCUUUUCAUGUCUGACAGCAAGGGUGAUGACAUUUCACGAACCUUCUUCAUUGGCCAACUACGCCAUCUGUUCGACACAUCGGAUGUAGACGAUCUUCUACGGGAGAGGGUGGCAAAUUUCCUUGACUCGGUGGACUUGUUCCUAGAGUUGCUGUUAAGCGUGCGAGACCUCCCAGAAGGUGAAGAAUAUGCGGAUGACAGGGUCAUAGCUACGCUUCGUCUCAUGAAUUUCAUCCGGAGGAUUGGUCGCGAUGAGAUAUAUAUCAAAUAUGUUCACCAACUCGUCAAUAUGCACCUACAAGCCCAGAAUUAUGUAGAAGCAGCGCUGACCCUGAAGCUUCAUUCUGAUCUUCAUGAAUGGGAUUUGUCAACGUUUGUUGGCCCUAUGGAAGACCUAGGCUUACCGCAGCAAUCACAAUUCCAUCGAAAGGAGACACUCUGCUUGCUCAUCUUGGACUAUCUGGGUAAAGGAAAGGCUUGGGAAAAGGCCAUCGAAAUAUGUAAAGAAUUGGCGUACCAACAUGCUGAAUUCACUUACAACUACGGACGACUUUCUGAGAUCCUCCGUCAUCAAGCACAGCUAUAUGAGCACAUCGUGACAGAUCAAAGAUACUACUCUGAUUACUACCGAGUGGCCUUCUUCGGAAACUUCCCUGCAGCGAUUCGGGAUAAGCGGUUCAUCUACCGUGGCUACGAAUGGGAGAAGUUCGGAGCAUUUUGCGAGCGUAUGCUCAACAAACACCCAGGCGCGCAGUUACUCAAGACCAUGGGAGAUCCUCCCGUCGAUAUUCGGUUUGGAAAUGACCAAUAUAUUCAAUGCACCGCUGUGGCUCCAGAACCUAAUCGUUCCCUCCAAAUCUUCACCAACCCUGACGUUCCGCUGUCUGUGAGAACAUACUACGAACACAGUGCCAUAAACCUGUUCAGCUGCUCACGGCCCAUCCGGAAGGUCAUGCGCGACGGCACAGAGGAGGUUUGGACGGAGAAGACAUUCUUUACUACCGAAGAAGAAUUCCCAACAGUGUUGCGUCGCUCCGAAGUCAUCGCUAUCGAUGUUACGGAAAUAUCGCCCCUGGAAAGCGCAUUGGCGGAUGUAGAGAGCAAGACUAAAGAACUGCUCGCGCUUUACCAGAAGUUCUCUGCACUUGCGAAGACAGCGCACACUGUUUCAACGAACGCCCUAUCCAUGUGCCUCAAUGGUGCUGUCGAUGCCCCAACAAACACCGGUAUUGCCUCAUAUCGCCAAACCUUCCUGACGCCAGAGUACAUGUCUAGGAACCCCGAGCGAAUCGAGUUGAUAGAAAAGUUAAGGAAUGCCAUCGAUGACCAGGUUCGCACGAUAGACAGCUGUCUAAGGCUUCAUGGACAACUGUGUCCGCCUGAGUUUAUCUCCUUCCAUGAGACUUUGGAGAAGUUUUUCAAAAAAUACUUCCGAGAUGAAAUCCGUCGAUUGGCAUUGGAAGAUAUGUCGUCCGAUCAAGUUACUGUAUCCCCAUCGGCUACUUCCCACAACGUCAGGGCGCCUUCGCAGUAUCAACCUUCACUUUACGAACAUUCGUUAUCGCGGUCGAUGUCUACUUCAUCUACAAGCCGUGCACCCUUCGUUAUUCCCCCUUUGCAAUUAGGGAGGUCUGCCCUGACUCCUCCACCCAUGUCACCUCAAUCGCCUACCAGCCCCUCAGAGCCGGGGUUUUACAAUAAACAAACGCCAUUACAACGCCACCUGGCCCAUUUAGCCCGACAUGGCAUCAAUGGCGUCUCAUCUGCACCUGGCGACAACGGUGGAAGCGACUCGUUGUCCAUCGAAUCACCCCAUAAUUCUUUCGUCAACGUCGGAAAUGGGAUUCAUGGUCAUACUGUCCCGGGGGCGCAAGCUUCGGGCGGUUCCAUCAUCAGUUCCGGCGUAGGAAGCAUGGGGUCACUUGGCUCCCUCAAGGGUCGAUUUUCGCGAUUUGGUAGUCUGAAGUUUGGCCGACGCGGCGCCACCAACUCAUGA